UCUCUCUGGUUUUGCUUUAGUCCCUCACACCCACACAAACACACAAAUUAAUUGCAAGCUCCGUUUAUAAAAUCUUAAGUACCUAGCAGAUCUCAUAGAGAAGAAUCACAGUCCGAGCUAGCUAGCUCCAAUAUGAAGAGAACCCAUUACUCAUUCAUGGAAGAAAACCCUAACCCUAACAACAAUCUUAUUCACAUGAGCAACCAACAGAAUCCUGCAUUUUCCGGGAAAAGAAACAAACACAGUGACGUGAUCGAUCUUGUGGGAUCACAAAGCAUGCAAGCUGUCGGCGGAUAUGUUAGUAUUCCUCAGAUGGAUAACUUAGGGCAUGAGAGACUUAAGAGCCACCAAGAGGAGGUGGCCGGCCACGUGGUGAUACCGGAUUCAUGGGGUCAGGAGGAGUUGCUCAAGGAUUGGAUCGACUACUCUCCCUUUGAUGCGUUGUUAGUGCCAGAAGGACUCACUUCAGCUCGUGAAGCACUUGCUAUGGAGGGACGUCGAGCAAAUACUUCCCAUGGAGUGCUGAGGAUAGAGAGCAGGAAGUGGUUUCUUGCAAGACCCUAUAUGGGGUCACUUAUGAGGAAGCGUGUAGGAGUAAUAUAGUCCCAUAUCGGAGAUAUUGCAAAAUAAUAUGUAGCUUAUAUAUGAGAGGGUCUUUAGAUGAGCCUAUACUAUAAAACGCAUGGUAGAUGGGUUGAUUGAAAGAUACAAGGAAAGAUUGGUGGUGAAAAGCUCUUAGGCAUAUGGUAACAAGAGACCCUUACUUGAAUUGGUUAGUGUAACAGUUUGAUGUGAAGAAUGUUUUCCUAUGUGGUUAUCUCAAGGAAGAUGUGUAUUUCAUUUGUCUAUAAGUACAAAAAUAUGCAAUAUAGUUACA